UACGGCACAGUCAUCAACCCGAAUGCUAGACCUCGAGGCCGGCCGCGCACUCUGGACAUGCAGGAUAUGAACUUCGUGCGAUCAGUAAUUGAGGGAGAGCCUGCUAUCUACCUUGAUGAGCUACGAGAUCGAGUCUACAACAGACUACACAGCACAUGCAGUUUGUCAGCCUGA